AUGCACACGGCGGUGCUGACCGGAGAGGACUUCCACUACUUGGCGCAUGUCCGGCGGCUGGGCCCCGGCGACACCAUUCCGGCGAGUACGCCGGACGGCUCGCGCUUCGCGAUGACCGUCCGGGAACGGGGCCGCGACCGGCUGUCCGUCACGCUGCGCCCGAUCGGUGAUGGAGCAGCGCCGCCGGCCUUGCCGAUGACCGUCGCCCAGGCGGUCGUCAAGCCGGCGGCGAUGGAUCUCAUCGUCCGGCAGGCGACCGAGCUCGGCGUGCGACGCAUCGUCCCGGUGCUGACCGAACGAUCGAUGCCGGCCAGCCACGCGCAUCCGCGCCUGCCACGCUGGCAGCGGAUCGGACGCAGCGCCAGUCAGCAAAGCGGCCGCGGACCGCUGCCUGCGAUCGAGGCGCCCCGCAGCCUUGCGGAUGUUCUGCAGGCGACUCCGGGCACAGCCGGCAAGCUGGUCUUCCAGCCUCCGCCACGCGGGGAUGCGGAUAUCGACCUGCCGGAUGCGCUCGAUCCGGCCCACCCGGUCUGGCUGCUGCUGGGCCCGGAAGGCGGCUUUGCCGGCCCGGAGCUUGAUCACAUCGCCGGCGCGGGCUUCCGCCGCUGCGCGCUGGGAGCCACCGUGCUGCGGGCGGAGACCGCAGUGGUAGCGGCGGUCAUGGCCGUGCGCCUUCUGUGGCAUCGAGCCGCGCCGCAGCCGCAGCCGGACCUGGGAGAAGCGAUGCGGUGA